UGUUUCCAACGUGCACUCGUUACUCCACGAGCACCACAAGCACGCCGACCUCCACCAAUACCCGCCCCUCCACUCCAUCAUUCCUCUUUCACAUGUGCAUUACUUCCUCCCCUACACACCCCAUUCGCUUGGCUUCCCGAACAUGCUGUAGACAUGGCAUACUUCAAUGCCGCAGCUGCGACUCCCUCGAGAGGGUCGAGUUGGCUGGCUAAUCCAACCGACGGCGACCCUUCUGCGCCCUGGUGGAAUAGCGCAAUAUCUCCACGUGUCCUACUCACCCUCCAAUCCCUCGCUCUUCCGCUCGCUUUCUGGUUUAAGCCAACAUGCGUCUGCAUAGCUCUUGUCUGGCUCGCCUAUCGGGCCUCUCAAAUCGUACAGAAACCUCUCGGCGAUCUCUCCUACCUCCUCGGAUUCGAUAUUCCCUCCCACCCUCUUAUCGAUCUCGCUGGCAUCAAAGCGGACGGCGCCAUUAUCCACUGGAGCUUUCUGGAAAAGCCAAAGCACAAGAGCCAGGUCAAGAUAGAAAUACACCUCAACGGCACCCUCAUAGACCGAUCGCCAUGCCACGAGUCUGCGGUCAUGAUAACCGGUCUUCAGCCCGCCUCCUUCUACGUUGUCCGCGUGGCUCUGUUGCACAAUGAAUUCAGCUCCAAGAGCGCCGCUAUCCGAUUUCGCACCAAACCUACCUCUUCAGACGAUUUCUUCACCCCUGCCGUCAACCCCGCCGAUCCCGACCAUGACCCCCAACAGGAACUCGUCCCACGCGUCCGGCCCUAUCGCGCCCUCAAAGACUUCGCCCCAUCCUCUCCGACCUCGACUAGUAUGGCGAGAGAGGGUAGCCUGGGCCUGGGGCCGGUAAGAAACACGAGUCGCCGCCCAUCGCCCGCCAGCAUCCAAAUCGAUCCCAGGCAAGACUCGCAUGCAGACGACCUUGAUUUACGUGAUGGUGCGGAGACUGUUCAGCAGCUUACGGAAAAGCUCGAUGCAAUCAGACGUGAAACCGAAGACGCCGAGAGGUUGGCGAGAGAGGAGGACGAUGAAGAAUUCCGGCAGAAAGACGAAUUGGCAAAUGAGCGUGAUGACUUGAAGGCUCAGGUUAAUGACAAGGAAAAAGUUAGCCGGAAUCUAAAAAGAGAAGUGAACACGCUUGAGCGACAGAAUACCGCCGCGCAGAACGAGCGUGCGAAGCAAGAGCGAUUGUUGCAACAGAAGAAGCAGGAGAGGGUGAAACUCACAGAGGACAUGCUACGGUGGGAGCGUGGCGCGGAGGAGAUGGCUGCUGAGGUGGAACGGAUCAAAAGCGAACGGGCAACCCACCUCGAACAAAUGGCGCGAGAUAAAGAAGACUUGCGCGAGAAACAGGCCGCAGAAAGCGCGAAACUUCGGGCCCUCGACGAUCAAGUCAAAGAAAAGACGGCGGAAGUCAAGAAGAUUGAGCGCAUAAUCAAGGACAACUCUCCGAAUGGCUCGGAACGCGAGCCCAACCUCGUGCAGCAACUCCAGAGCGAUGCGGAAGAAGAGCGCAGAUGGCAGGCGCUCAGACAAAGCCUCCAGCAGCAGUAUACCGGCACCUUCACGCGGUUGGAGAACGCGAAGAAAUUCUACGUCAAUCAGAUGCAAUGGCUCGAGACUCUACGGGCUGAUCGAAGACGGCAAGAGGAUGCAACACAGUACGCGCCUGCUGCCAACGAUCGCCAUCGAAUGGCGGAGAUGCAGCGCAGGAGUUCUCCCAGUGUUGCUGAAAGCCCUCGCCUUGGCACCUUUCCAGUAAACCACAGCCCCUUCUCGAACCCGGCCGGCCCAGCUGGAGCGGCCUACAACCCUACACCCUUUUUCAACAUUCACAACGGCAUGUCAUUCCCGAACCCGACGGACGAGGUGGCCAUGUCAGAGGAUGAUCGGGACAGACUCACCGGAGGCGCUGCCAUGUCCCCGACAGCUGGCGCUGCUCUCAUUCCCGCAGAUCUCUUCUCGGGUGAGGGCGAAAGCAGACUUGAGCAGGUUAGGCCGCUUCCAGGACUUGGCUCUUUGCCUGGUCUGGCAGGAAUACCUGGCCCAUCCCCUCAGCCCCAGCACGACCAGCUUGGCGCCGGACCUGCCUCCCCGGCAGCAUCUAGCAGCAGAUCGCCGAGCGUGUUGGCAAGCCCUCGAGCGAGUCAAUACAAUCUUCCCACCACCUCGUCCGAUGCCGUUAUUGAAGGAGAUCGCCGCUCCAUCCGAUCGAACCGCUCAAAUCGUGCUGCUAGUGGAGGCACGGGCAGUCGAUUCAGCGGCAUGUUUGGCAUUCGACCUCGUAACAAGAGCGCGCUCGAAGAAGGCCCACCUCUGAGCAAAGCCAGUUCCAUGCCAAGACAAGAUCCAGGAAGCACAGGCCUGGACUCCACUGCUCGCAAACGCAAUAGCAGCAUUUCCGGCCUGGGCGGUUUGGAUGGCACCGAGGACGUUUCUUCAGACUCUCCCGGUGCAGCGACUGCCAGGCGGGCUUUUGGCUUUUUCAGCAAGGAGAAAAGCGGCGGGUGGCCAUCCAACUUUACUGCAUUCAGUCGAAAGCCUGCUUCCCCGCGCCCUGGCUCUACGCAUUCCAAUGAGCUCCCGCGGCCGUCGAUGGAGAGCGGUCGUUGGCCUUCCGACACCUGGUCGCUGGCAGAUGGCGCAGCUGGAGCCCGCGGCAGUCCGCUCGCCUUCGGUGCUGCUGGGUGGAACGCUCCCUCUCAGCAAUCACGCAUGUACGGUUCGCGUCACCCGUCUCGUCGUCCGUCUGUCCAAUAUGCCGCUUCCGGCCCUCCCGAAGACAUUCUAGAGGAUGACGAUUCCGACGCCAUUGAUCCCAAUGAAGCUCCGCACCUCGAGCCAAUUGGAACCAAGCCAUCGAAGAACACAGCUGCCGACAAUGCUGCUAAGCUCAAUCCGAACGCGAAAGACUUCAAGUCAUUCUUUUCCAGCAUGAAGUUUGGCGGCAAGGACAAAGCGAGGGAAAACGGCGAGGGCAGCGACAAGAAUGAUGGCCUCACGCCUCAGCAAUUGACAGCACCGCCAACGUCCCACGGCCUUGAACACGACGAGUCCCCACCCAACAGCCGCAAGUCUCGUGACACCCGCGACACCCGCUCCAUGACCACUACCGAGUCCUCUCUGGUAGAAUCCGGCCGUACCUCUCCGGACCUCGACCAAACACUUUCCUACCCCACCUCCGAUGUUCCCGCCGCAUCCGCCUCGCAGCAGAGCAAGGAAAGCCUGAUGCAGAAAAUCACCCGCAAGUCUUCGUCUAGCAAGUUCAGCCUGCCCUCUUUCAACCGUCAGAGGUCGCGCCUCGAUGUGCCCACGACAUCUGCGUCAACGCCUGUGCCUGCCGAAGACGACGUGGAUCCGAUGAAUGAGAGCGUGAGCAGUCUGAAGGACAAUUCGCCGGCGAGGUCCGACGCUAAGGACCAUCGGGGUUCGCGGAGCUGGAGUAGUGCUUUUAAGCUGGGGAAGAAGAAGGGUGCUGGUGGUGCGGCGGAGGCGCAGAGUAUGAGUGAUCGGAUCAGCAUGGCGAGUGGGACGGAGGAUGGCGAGGAUGAUGAGGAGGGGGUGUAGAUGAGUAGGGAGAUAUCGCUGCCAUUCUUUGGACUUUAACACCUGAAGGACCUGUCACAACUUGCCAUCUGUGUCUCCUGUUCACGGGCGAGAUAUCAUUGUAUGCGCGGAUAAUCCAGCAUGACACGCGUUCAAACUCGGCUUCUUACUU